AUGACCUCGGAUUCGAAUCUACAUCGCCCAACCGAGGCUCUCAUCCUCCCGACCAAGCGACGCUUCUUCCCGUUCAAGAUCCCCAACUUUCACUCGCAGCUUCGCAAUUAUAUUAGUACUGCUGAUCCCGAUCACAUUUAUGUUGUCGUCGAGAGAAUCGUGUACUCAAUACAAAUAUCGGCACAAAAGCGCGAAAGUGUAGCUGUGAUCCCAUUUGAGCCGCGUUGUCUAGUCGCUGGACAUGGUUGGAUAGUAGUGGGAGGCCCAGAGAAUGGCGAAUGUGCUUUCAUUCACAUCGGUGAUCGCGGAAUGCAAUUCCAUGACGAUGCGCCCUUCCAGGCCGAUGUGGAUAGUGCGCUCCCGCUCGAUCUUGAUCCACCGUCAAUGGCUUCGCCGGGCGAUUCGAAUGCCGAUUCUGCGUCAACCCGUUAUCGAAGCAGCAGAUCAUCCCCCGAAGUAGAGCUUCAUCGAUUCGGUGGAAGUAUUGUCAAUUCAGUGGCUAUCCAUCGUUUCCAUGGUGGUAGCGAGGAGUUCGCGGAUGAAGAUAUCGUGGUUUUGAGCAAUAAUGAUCGGACAGUCACGGUGUAUUCGCUGACUCGUGCGAAAGUCAUUAAGGUUCUUCAUCAUCCGACUUGUAUGAACUAUGCGACAAUUUCCCCGGAUUCUAAAUUUCUCACGGCCGUAGGGGAUGAGAAUCAUGCCUAUUUCUAUGAAAUUACUCGUGAUUUAGAAUCAUCUGGGAUAACAGAGUCUGGACAGAAACUCACGGGGUGGGAAUGGGAGCUUGUCAAUCGCCUGGCGAUGAACAUUGGGCUGCGGGCGGAUGAUGCGUGCUGCUUCACUGUCGCUUUCUCGCCAUCCAGUCGCUUGUGCGCCAUCGGAUCCCAAUCUGGAAUCAUCACGGUCAUCGAUGUCGAGUCUGUCUGCAACAACCUUGGCGACUCGGAUGAUGCCGCUAUUCUUUGUCAAUUCCCGACGUCAAGAUCAUGCGCUGAGGGUGGUGCUGUUCGUUGCAUGAUAUUUUCCCCUGAGCCAUGGGACCUUCUUGUAUGGCUGGAGGGCCACGGCAGAGCCGGCGUGGCUGAUGUUCGCCAAAAUUUUAUGCGCAGGCAAAUCCUCCAUUUAGAUUCUAAUGACCCGCAAUUACAGGAAGUCUACACGGACCUUUCGACAGAGAACUUCGAACGACACCCCGUGAGCGGGGAUGUCCUGGAGGCGACACCACGAACGCGACUCGACAACGAGGAUCUUUUACCUGAGCAGAAUGGAGAGCAAACGGAGCGGUCGUCUCUGCGAGAGUCUUUGAUUCAAGAUCUUACCGAGAGAGAAAGGUUGAUCAUGGAAUUUCUGAACACGGCACGCUGGACGUCGCGGCUGGAAGAAGGGCUUACUGAACGACCGGAGCGCCCGGCCAGGGCAAGCCUUCAACCUCAACCAGUGGCUCGCCCGCAAAAUCACGGUUCCACAGAUGGUGCCACUCGCACUCAUCGUCCUACUUCACCCCUGCGUCGCUAUGAUUCUUCUGAUGUCUCCCGCGAUAGUAAUCUGGGCCGCACUCUAACGAACCCAAGACGCCAAAGCUCGGUGGUGGUAUCUCAAGGAAGUCGACCUACGGAAGCGACGCCACCUCAUCAUGAUCGCCAAUCGGGCAUCACCCUCAGUUAUUCGACCUCGCACUCAGAGCUCACACCCCUCAGGUCAGAAAUUAUCUCUCGGGCUGGCACGGACCCUGAACCGAUCAACCACGAAACUAGCGUAUCAAAUCAACAGACUGGAGCUUCGAAUCCAAGUCUAGACAUCCAUGGCUUGAACCACCGAUCCCAACAGCCAAGCUCCAUUCCCCGGCGCGUCGAACGACCACAAACCGGAGCGGAGAGAAGAAACGACAGCUCCCGCCUCACCACAUAUGAGAUUCGUGCAAAUGUCGCUGCUGAGAGGCUUCGGAAUCAGCGCCAGAUUGCUAAUGAGGUACAUAACCGCUCUUUUGAAAGGGAACAACGACAUCGCCAACACCUCCUCGGAUUUGAACAGACACAUUCUCCCCGCUGGAUUAGAAAUAUAAUCAAUGAUCUCCCUGAUCGAAAUUCAAUGCAUGGCACCGGCGCCGAGGAGCCAGAUUCCACUGCUGGAGUUGGCUGGGGCGCCGAUGGCCGCACAUUGUACAUCGCCACAGUUGAAGGGAUUUUUGAAUUCCCACUGAACAUUCACGAUCGGAAAACAUUCCCUAUUUUCUCUUGCCGUUAA